AUGGCCGAGAAUCCUGGUCACGAUGAAAUGAUGAUGGAUCAGCAGCAAGGGGCACCGCAACAAGCCGAUAUGAACUUAUCACCAAUCGAGAAGGAGCUCGACUCGUCGCUCGCCGAGCAGGGUCAUCAUGAUGGAAAUUACCACUUGGACGGCGUACACGUAAGCGAAGGAAUGAAGCGAAUGAUUAUCGAUUUGCAACGUCACUGGCUCAACGAAUAUCACACUUCUCGUGAGAAAUGUCUUGUUGAGCUCACCGAGAAACUUCAUCAGGAAUUCAUGCAAGAUCAGCAAAAGAUUCGUGCGGAUCUUUUGCAACAGUUCAAGGAGGAACUCGAGCAGACACGUAUCGAUUUGGAUAAUAAGCAUCGAGAGAAUCUGAAAAUGGAGAGUGCCAAAUUGAUCGAAAAACACAAGAGAGAGCUGCUUGCGGCGAAGAAGAAGCAAUGGUGCUGGUCGUGUGAAAAUGAGGCGAUCUACCACUGCUGCUGGAACACCGCUUACUGCAGUGUCGAAUGCCAACAAGGUCACUGGCAGACCCAUCGCAAGUUCUGUCGGAGAAAGAAGGGAAACAAUGCAGGUGGCCAAGGAGCGCCAGGAGCUAAUGCAGCUCAACAAGCAAUUGCUCAACAAGCUGCACAACAGCAACAAUAA